AUGGCUUCAGAUUUGAAACCCCUCAAUGUCCUCAUGGUGGGAACUGGUGAAUAUACCACCGGUUUCGUAGGAGGUGGAGCUUCAGGAUCAGACAAGAAAGUUGGAGUUGUAGGGCUCUCAUUAUUUGAUCUGCGAAGACGUGGAAAGGUUGAUAAAUUGUCUAUGGUUGGCACAUCUGGAGGAAAAUUCCCAGCUAUCCGCGAACAUCUUCACAAGAACAUUUCCCAAGUUUACAACAAUCUCGACACAUCCUUCGAUUCCUUCCCAGCAAAUGACAAAACAGAUCCAGCAGCCUACAAAACUGCUAUCGAUGCGCUUUCCCCAGGUGAUGCCAUUACAAUCUUCACUCCCGACACAACCCACUACCCCAUUGCCCUCUACGCUAUCGAACGUAAAAUUCACGUCUUAAUCACCAAGCCCGCAGUCAAAAUUCUUUCUCAGCAUCUCGAGCUUCUCGAAGCUGCCAGAAAGAAUGGUGUCUUCGUCUACAUCGAGCACCACAAACGAUUUGAUCCCGCAUACUCCGAUGCUAGACACAAGAGCUUGGGAUUGGGUGAUUUCAAUUACUUUUACAGUUAUAUGAGUCAACCUAAAUCACAAUUGGAGACCUUCAAGGCUUGGGCUGGUGUGGAUUCAGAUAUUAGUUAUUACCUGAAUUCGCAUCACAUCGAUAUUUGCGAGUCGAUGGUUUCACAGCAGGGAUUUUUGCCAGUCAAGGUCUCAGCUAGUGCUAGUAAGGGAACAGCUGUUGGACUGGGCUGUGAUCCAAUUACAGAGGAUACUAUUUCUUUACUUGUGCACUGGGUCAAGAAGGAUGACCCAAACAAGAGGGCCACUGGUGUAUAUACUGCAUCCUGGACUGCACCACAAAAGGCUGGUGUUCACUCAAAUCAAUAUUUCCACUAUAUGGCCAGUGGAGGAGAAAUCCGCAUUGAUCAAGCCAAGAGAGGAUACGAUGUCGCAGAUGACAAAAUCGGUCAAUUGAUGUGGUAUAACCCGUUCUACAUGCGUUACGCACCAGAUGAAGAGGGCAACUUUGCUGGACAGACAGGAUACGGAUAUGUCAGUUUCGAGAAGUUUGUCGAUGGAUGCAGAUUAGUCAAUAGAGAUGGUGUUUCUGCGGUCAAGGUCUUGGAUGAUAGAGGAUUACCGACUUUGGGCAAUACUGUCGGCACAACCGCUAUCUUGGAAGCUGGAAGAAGAGCUUUGGAUGAGAAUAGAGAGGUGGAAAUUAAGGUUGAGAAUGGCGUUUGGUCUCUUGUUUAA